GGCGGGCGCCUGCUGCCACCAGUCGCGCACGAUCCUUGCGUGUAGAAGAGAGUGGCGAAAGGCACACGGGGAAGGCGCGGCUACAGUCGGCACUCUUUAGCGGGAACGAGACGAAAAGGCCGGACCCCCCCACACCCGCGACUUCCAGUCAUCGCGAUCUCAAGAUGAAGCCGCGGACAAGUUGCAUCGCCCUGGGCGUCCUCGUCGCGGCGCUGUUCCUCGCAGAGACGACAGGUGUCCCAACCGAGCCGUCGGUGACGACGUCCGAGCCCUGCCCGACGCCACAGUGCUCGGGACCCAGAUGCCGGGGCACCAAGUUGGGCCCAAACGGUUGCCAAGUGUGCGACUGCGAUGGGCCUCAGUGCCCCGUGGUGCAGUGCGCUCCGGGAUGCUGGCCCGAAGAAAACGCGCCUGAAGGACGAUGUCCCACCUGCGUCUGCAAUGCAGCGCCAGCGUACAGCAACCGCGAGGUGGACGUGCCCUGUUUCACGCCCCUGCUGCGAGAGGCCCUGCGGCGCCUGGCCGAAGUCGAGGAGCAGCUGCACCAGCUGCGACACCUGACCCAAGAGAACGGGAUGAGGCUGCACAGGUUGCUGCCACCGGCCGAGCACCACCCGCACCAGCACCACCACCAGCCGCACCGUCCCGCACCGCCGCACGCCGCCACUGACGACGAUUCUGAGGAUGAAGGUGGUGAAUCAGGUGCUGACAGACAUACAAAGGAGAGAAAGUCCGGUCGCGUACAGAGCAACGCUCUCGAGUUGGGGCUUCACGGCGAGAGCUAUGAUAGCGACGAAGUUGCCGGGAACGACCAGGAAGGAAGCCAGCAAAGCCACAAUCACAGCCACCGACACCACCAGCACCAUGGCAAGGGGCCCAGCUUGCAUCAUGACUCCGAGGCGGUGCAUCACGAUCCCCGACACAGGGAGCACAACCGGCUGCUGCAGCGGGAAGAUGCCAAGGAAUUGAAGCUGUCGGCGACACAGUACGACUUUGCUAUCUGUCGGCUACAGCCAAAUACAGCCAUCGCGAAGGAGCUUCAGCAGCCAGUGCAUGGAUUAAUCAGCUUGUGGCAACAGAAAGGUGGCCGUGAUCUCAACGUGCACGUCCACGUGAUGGGGCUCAAAGUGAACGACAGUGCCCGUGAUCACCGUGCCUUCAUGCAUGGCAUGCACGUGCAUCAGCUGGGAAACCUGAGCGACAGCUGUCAAUCAACCGGGCCUCACUUCAAUCCUACAAACACCACGCACGGAGAUCGCAGAUCGAGUUCGAGGCACGUUGGGGAUUUCGGGAACAUUGCCUGUGACAAGCAUGGCGAGAGCAACGUCAUCUUCACUGACACAUUAGCAUCGCUCACUGGCCCUCACUCCAUUGUGGGUCGUUCGAUCAACAUUCACGCUCGCAUGGACGAUCUCGGAAGGAACCCGGACAACCCCGCCAGCGUGUCUUCCGGAGAUGCUGGACCCCGGAUCGCCUGUUGCGUGGUCGAGAAAGUGGACAAGCUGCCGCAGCUGAGCAGCAAGACCGCUCGGCGAAUCCUGCGCGACAUCAUGCAGCCGUUCAGCGACUUCGAGAGCGAGUGAAAAGUGUCUGCUUGAACUAUGCGGUGAUGGGCAGGCGGGAGGCGAGCCGCUCCAAAGAGGCUGAUUUGUUGCCUCAUUUUUAUAUUACCUCAUUUUGACUGCAUGCAAAUAUCUUGCAAUGCAUCAUUCACUUAUUCUAUGAACUACGCACAAAGUGACACUGCGUUUUCCGCGUAUGACCGGUGUAACAAAGCCGUUACGCAUUGUGUCACGUUUACACUGAUUGCCUUAGUUGCGUAAAGCGCUCUAAAGCGAUGGAAGCGUCGACGACACGAGGUCGCCAUGUCGUUUGUUCUCUCAUGAAUAUGACGGGUGGCGAAGGUCAGACAGUCUUGAACAUUGUACAUUGGCUUGAGAAACUUUGAAACGACCAAGCUGAUAGUCUAGGGAAGGUUUUAUGCGAGGCUGAGGCUUUUAAUUUGUGCAACCUGCCAACUAUUCGCUGUAUCAGCUACUUUUUUUGUUGCUUUGAAGCAGUCUAAACGUCACGUCAGGCCCACCGAAAUUGUGAACUGCAAUACAUGCAUUCUUUUCCAGUAAAUUCUACGAGGGAAGAGGAAAAUGAUGGGGACGGACAUUAUGCAUUUUCUACACAUUGGUCAUGUUUUCUUACAUCAAAGGUGACGUUGCGUUAAUUGAACAAAUGCUGUAUCUCUGGCUCUUGUCUCGGUAGCAUAUGCGAUGCGAUCGUCUUGGUACAUUCUCUCGUUUAACAAGGAAAUGUACCCAUAUGUACUGUGCAAGACCAGCGGUUAAUUGUCAGUGAUCUUCCAAUGUUGGGUUGUAUACUUACCAACAAUACCGGUAGAAAUGAUUUUAUUUAAGCAUAAACGAAAUCAAAUAGGACUGGUUUCAUACGAACUACUGUCGUGAAGUCAUCUUUUCCCCUUUACAUUUGGCGUGUGCCUAGUUCUCAACUUAAUGCCGUAUUCAUAUGCAAGCAAUAAACAUAUUUCUGUGCUGUGCAA